AUGACCUAUAAUAAAAGUGAUGAUACUGAAAGCAAAUUAGUUGAGCUCGGAAUCCAAGACAGCCAAGUAUCUGAUUUCAAAAACUAUUCUACUCCACUAAUUUUCGAGGCUUCUGGACUUUUUGGUCUUACUGAUGAAUCUCCCGAGUCAGAUGACUCAUGGGAAUCAAAUCCAGAUAGCUCUUAUUUUAGAAAUGAGCUUGAAAAUAUUGAAGAAUCAAUCUUAAUUGAGGAUCCAAUCUCUAUAUUGGAAGAUGUUAGCCCGAAGCUAGAAAAUGAAAUUGAAUCUCAAAUAUUCACUAGGAAAUGCGAUUUUAUACUAUGCCGUAAUUAUGCAUUUAAAUGCAUGGAAAAAUUAAAUGAUCUUCCAGCAAUUAGAGUCCAUGAACUAUGGAGAAGGACUCCUUUGUCUAUUAGAGAAACUAUUUACGCUGCAUUUUCAAUUAUUGUUAUCCACCAAGUACAGUUAUGGGUAGAUAUAGAUGACAAUUUUGGAAAGUACUUUCUUAACUGGGGUGAAAAUUAUUUAAGGCAUAUUUCUGAGUUUCUAGUUAUACCAGAUUGCAGCCUUGAUAAAACAAUAAGACUUUUCAACCUUCAUUUAUCCGAUAAAUCAUUUAGAAAUAUUGCACAUAUUGAGCCAUUAAGAGAUGCUAUAAUGAAAUAUUGUAUAGAAGAACUACAACCAAAGGUUCUCCAAAUAUAUUAUGAAUCCAUUAAAAAGAAGAAAAUAAGGAAAUCAACUAACAAUGAGGUUUUGGUUGUCGAUGACUUUCUUUUUGGUAAAAGUUAUAGCGAUGAUGAAGAUAAUUCUUGCAACACUAUUCAGCCUAAUCCAUCUACCCACCUAAAUUGUACCAAAAACUCACAUUAUUGUUCUAAAAAUACAAUACAAAGUGAUUUCCUGAACCUCUCGUUACCAAAAGACCUAUGUAACAACCAUCGUAGAAAAACAUGGCACCAAGGUAGUAUCAAAAACUUUCAAGAGGAAAAUUUGGCCCCUUCACCAAACUUGAUUUUGAUCCUUGCAUUAGUACGCCUUCACGCUAUAUAUGGAAUUUUAGAUGCAAGAAGCUUAACUAUUCUCUAUAGAAUUCAGUUAGUACUGUGUGAUAAUAAGAAUAUUCUCGAACUAUCUCCUAUUCUUCUAGAUUGCAUCCAAAUUCUAACUUAUACAAAUACAAAAAAAAAUCAGUUGCAAACUGAUAUAUAUAUGACGGAGAGAAGUUAUAAUAAAUCAUGGAGACAUUUAAAGGUUUUAGGAGCUACAAUUGUUGGUGGGGCAGUAUUAGCAACUGCAACUGCACUUGCCGCACCAGGAAUUAUUGCUGGGCUAGGUGCAUUGGGAUUAGGAUACACUAGUAUGUUUGGGAGUGCUGUAGCUGCAAGCACAGGUGCAGCUGCUCUAACUACUGUAGCUGGUGUAAGUGGUGCUAGCCUCUCAGGUUGGAAAAUGAGUAGAAGAGAAUCUCCACUCAAAAUAUUUCGCUUCCAUCAAGUAGGGAGUAAUAAAGAAAAAUAUGGUCUACUUCCAAUUAUUAUAGGGAUUAGUGGAUGGCUAAGAUCAAAAGAAGAUAUUACAAAGCCUUGGAAGAUUGCAUUUAAUGGAUUAGAUUGGAUGGAAUCUUAUGCUGUUGAGUUUGAACCUCAAAUUUUGUCACAAUUAGGGAAAUCAAUCGCAUUGACAAUGUCUCAAGAUCUUGCAAUAUUUGCUGGCAAAGCAAUCUUAUUGCAGACUAUUGUUGGUACAUUAACUGCUGCUCUUUCAUGGCCAAUUACUCUUAUGCAAUAUGCUGCCACACUUGAUAAUACGUGGGCUGUUAGCCGUCAAAAAACUGAAAAAGCUGCAUUAGUACUAGCUGAUAUUUUAGGGGAAAUCUCUUUAGUUGGUGAAAGGCCAAUUAGACUUGUUGGAUAUAGUAUGGGAGCAAGACUUAUAUUUUUAACUCUACAAAUUUUGUAUGAUAGGAAGCAUUUGCAUAAGGUUUUUGAUGUUAUUCUUAUUGGAAUGCCAACUUCCUUAGAUAAAAACAAAUGGACCAAAGCACGUGCAGUUGUAUCAAAUAGAUUAAUUAAUGUCUAUACAAGAUCUGACUGGGUUCUUGCUUUUUUUUAUAGAUAUAUGCAAUGGGGUCUUCAUGUAGCUGGCAUAGCUCCUGUGGAGAAUAUUAUAGGGGUUGAAAACUAUGAUGUUACUGGUAUUAUACAUGGUCAUGAUCAAUAUCCGGAUAGGAUUCGUGAUAUUCUAUAUCUCGUUAACUUUUUAUGA